AACUUAUGUACUCAUUGUGGAUCUUCUAAAGAGUGAAGACCAACUUGAAGUCAUCAAAAAGCAGGCUGAAAAUCAGGCAAAAGAAUAUACAAGAAUUACUGACACCGAGAAAACUUUGAAGAAGCAGUUGGAAGUCGUAACCAAUGAAUUGAAUGAAGAGAAGGCGAAGUCAAGAGAUUUUGAUACUUUGAAAAAACAAACUAGCCAAGUGCAAGAAGAAUAUAUGAAAAUGACUGAUAAAUAUAAUGAACUAGAGAGAAAGUUUGAAAAUCGGUCAAAUGAUAAGAAAAAUGAAUAA